AAUGAGGUUAUGGGUCUGUACCAGGUGAAUAAAAUAACCACUCAACUCUUUCCGGUUGCUAUGCAACCACAGACGCUUUCAGCUUCCCGGAAGUUUGUGGCUGCGGCUUUAAGAAGAAAAAUGGCGGACCAGAGCUCCAGAAGUACAUUGAGUAUCGCAGUGUUGUGGCUUAUUUCUGUGCGGUCGUUAAUCAAGGUGUGUUUGUCUUUUCUUGCGUUGAGAGCGGUAAUAGUUGAGGGUCAAACUGAAGAUGCUUUCCGUGCAGGAAAUACCGUUUUUUCACCGUCUGUUGCAGCAGCACGGGAUCUACGGUACCUGCUUUACGACGUCAACCCCCCAGAGGGUUUCAACCUGCGUCGGGACGUGUAUAUCCGCAUGGCAUCCCUAGUGAAGACCCUGAGGAGGCACGCGGACUGGGUGCUGGUCCUGCCCCCCUGGGGGCGACUGUACCACUGGCAGAGCCCAGACAUCCACCAGAUCAGGAUACCCUGGGGAGAGUUCUUCAGCAUCACCAGCCUACAGGGAAACAUUCCAGUCAUAGAGUAUGAAGAGUUUAUUGCUGAGUCUGGAGGACCAUUUAUUGAACAGGUCUUGGUGUUACAGAACUAUGCUGAAGGGUGGACUGAUGGGAAAUGGGAGGAGAAGGUGGACGAGCGACCUUGUAUUGAGCGUUUAAUGUACUCCAAAGACAAACAGGGCUAUUACAGAGGCUGGUUCUGGGGUUAUGAGGAAACAAGGGCUAUGAACGUCACCUGUCUCUCAGCUCAGGGCCAUGCCUCCAUCCUGGCUCCACUCUUGCAGAACAACAUUACAUCAAUGUCAGUCAUGUUGGACAGAGCAGAGACUGUCCUCCAUGAUCACUAUGCAGGAAAGGACUACUGGGAUACCCGCCGCAGUAUGGUUUUUGCCAAACACUUGCGUCUCCUAGGGGAUGAAUUCCGAGCAAAGUACCUAAACUCCACAGACGAGCAGGAUCAUACCAUAUACAACGAGGAUUGGACUCGCAUUAAGAAUAAGCUGGGUUCUGCCAGAGGGGGGCCAUACCUGGGUGUCCACCUGAGACGAAAGGACUUCAUCUGGGGUCACAGAGAAGAUGUUCCCAGCCUCAAAGGAGCUGUCAAGAAGAUCCAUAGCCUUAUGAAGAAAAACAAAUUAGAAAGAGUCUUUGUUGCCACAGACGCAGAUGAGGAAGAGCUGGAGGACCUGAAGAGGAUGUUACCUGAGAUGACACGCUUCGAGCCCACCUGGGAGGACCUGGAGCUACUCAAGGAUGGGGGCGUGGCUAUUAUCGACCAAUGGAUUUGUGCUCAUGCCAGGUAUUUUAUUGGAACAUCUGUGUCUACUUUCUCCUUCCGCAUCCAUGAGGAGAGAGAAAUUCUGGGAUUUGACCCCAAGACCACCUACAACCGCUUCUGUGGGGACAAUGAAAUCGAGUGUGAACAACCGACACAUUGGAAAAUAGUCUACUGAUGCAACACCACCUCUCAAAGAACAUACCCAGCACAGUGUCAAAGGAGAUCUUUGUAUGUACUAUAAACAAAUGUUUGCCUUGUUUUACAUAAUCUUUUGUGUUUUUUAAAAAAAAAUUAUGUUGUUGUUAAUCGAUUUGGUCUUACACAAAAAUUAAUAUGAAUCUGACCUUUAAUUCAGUGGAAAUUGUAAAAAAUAAAGAAACAAUUGUCAUCAUGAAAUGAUCAUUUUACUCAGGAACAGUUUUGAGGCCAUUGCUCCAGUUCCUCCAGAGUCCUUGGUCCUCACUCAGGUUUUCAAUUGGAUUUAGGGCAGGGCACUAUGAUAGCCUUUGCCAAAAUUUUAUACUAUGGUCAGUUUUUCAAAACAAUGUUCCCAGUGCCUUUUAUGCAUAACCAUGGCUCUUUACAAAAAAAAAAACACCCCUUUUGCUAUUUCUUGCUAACAAAAACUAUAUUGGAGUCCCAUUUGACCAUUGAAGCUAGUUCAAAUCAGAUUUUCAAAAUAAAUCAGAUUUACUGCAAACUCUAAAUACUCACAAUUAGUCGUUUGGUUACAGCAAAGGAUUUCUUCUGGCAGCCCAAACUCGAAAUACUCACCUUAUAAUUUUGGUGACUUGGAUUUUUGACAACUUGCACCAUCCAUUGCAUUGUGUUGUUUGGGCAAAAUACACAAUAGUCCUCGUACUGGUUCAUCACAUCCAUUUUUUAAAUGUUUAUGACUAAGCUUGUGUGUCACCUUAUGUUUAUAUCCCAGUGAAACAGGAUGUCAUGAAUGACCACUUAAGAGUAACCAAAGACCCAAAUGAACAAUAAAUUAUCAAAUGGGAAUUGGAAACACUCACUAAUCGGCUAUAUACAUAAAUUACUGGUCAGACAAUAAUUGCAACAGGCUUUUUUAUUUAUUUGUAUACAUAAAAAUUUAUGAUGAUGUUUUUAUUUUGUUUGAACAGUUUUCACUCAAUUAAUGGUUAUAUUCAUAUGGUACCAAUAAUUCUGCAGGGCACUUAAGUUGAGUGCAAUAAAUAGUAUUAAUUGCAGCCUUUUUAUAAAGGGCGCACAGUAUUGUUUUGGUAGAAAUAGCAUUGUCUUCUUUAAUAUACAGCCAAUUCCGGGUAUUUUUGUGAAUAUUCCUUAUUUUAAUUAUCCUGUUCAACAUUUUGUGAGCUUGGGAAAAAACAUUCUCCUUUGCAAAUGAUAUUCCACUUGAUAAAGGUGAACUCAUAUGCGCACAGUUAACAUUGUUUGACCAGUUAUGGCCUCACCCAGUAUAUUCUUUUAAAUCAGGCAUCAACUUGACAAUCUUUACAGUUGCAAUAAGGUUUGUUCUACAACUAUAAAAAUCUAUAUGUUGUAUAUUUGUAUCUUUCUGUUUUUAUGACUCAUUUACAAAAUGAUUUUAUGAAAAACACUUUUCCGAACUAUCAAAGUACAUACCUUAUUUUUGUGGAUUGUAUCAUCCUUUUUCUUUCAAUCUUGCAACAAAAGGACUAAGACUAUCACACAGCAGCUGCUAUCAUCUGUCUGGUCACUGCCAUUAAAGGGAGUAUAUUCAAAGAACUAGACCCUACCUUGUUUUCAUUCACGAGAGAGCAAAUAUGUUCAGUUCAAGAAAAGUACAAUUAGUUGAUCAAAUACUGAUAACAGAGUUGAGUUCGUUCGGAAUGAGAAUAGACUGGUCAAUAUAAAACACCAGUAGGUUACAAUGUUUUCCAGGUUUUGGCUGAAGCCACUUAAGGGAGUGCUGCAAUUCAUCGUCAUUCAUGGGGUUUUCAUUUUUUGUUCUCAUAGUUACAAUGGGUACAGAGCAUGUUAUCUUGGUAAUGAAUGCUUCAUCAUUUUAAGCUAGAGAAAGAGAAUAACCAGUUUUACUAGUAAGGAAAUAUGAGAUACCAACACUGUAGUGAAGUCAGGAAAAAUAGGACUUCUGAUGGCUUAAAUCAGGAAACAUAAUGUACUGUAACUUGGUUCCUUUGGCACUUAAAAAGAAAAACAUUUUGUUAACCUGACAGAUUUCAAACUCUCCUCCCCAACCCCUUAUCACUCAUCUUCUUUCUUCAAAACACCAUUUGUAACAUGAGAACACUAUAAUGCACACCUGCUCAGACAAAGUUAGCCUAUUGUUUGUGGCAUUGUUUAGUUGUUCAGUAUUUAAUGUCACCUGGUUAACACAUCAACACAUCAGCUUGCUGUGGUAAUCUGUUUAUAUCACAUUGCCUUUACCUGAAAGUGGGCAGAAUGAACUCAGAGCAGGCCAACUGGUGUAGCUGUUGUUAUUAAUAAUGAUGUAUGGGAGUUUGGACUUCUGUACAAAAGUGAAACAGGAAAAAUAAA